UUGUGCGUGGCGGUUGGAUUAUCUGUGAGUGAAAACUAUAAACAUUCCUUGUGCUUGUUGUACAAACUAAAGACUGUCAUUUCAAAUUAAAGAACAGGUUUAAUAAAUACAAUCGUUUAAAACAAAGGAACAAAGCAACACUUAAACCAAAUUCAACUAAAAAAUUAAUAGAAUGGCAAGUAAGUUUUACUAUUUCGGAUUUGGCAGUAAUAUGCUUGCGCGUCGCAUUCAUAUACAAAAUCCAACUGCCAAACGAAUUGGAGCAGGCAAAUUGGAGAAUUACCGCCUUGAUUUCCAUACUGGAUCAAAGAAUUGGUUAGGCGCUCCAGCUACUAUUGUGCCAACACCAGGUGACCAUGUCUAUGGUGCCAUUUGGGAAAUAGACAUGUGUAAUCUAAAGGAUUUGGAUGACCAAGAGAGUGUGCCCGAAGGUGUGUACACACCUAUUAGUGUGCCCGUUCUUUUGAUAAACAACAAUAGCAACACUGACUUUAAAAGCAUUACUUGUCGUGCCUAUCAUCUAACAAAUCAACCAAAGACCAUAUUGCAUGCCAUUCCCAACUUAACUGAGAUUGAAAUACCCUAUGAUCGUCAGCCCUCACACACAUAUCUCAAGGUUUUGGUCAAGGGGGCCCAAGAGACGGGCAUACCCGCUGAUUACGUCAAAUGGUUGACGGGCCUCAAACACAACGGCAAUCUAGUGGAUGCCAUGGAAAAGAAACUGGAACUAGACGACAUACAUCUUAGCUGAUGAGAUUUGUGUAUUAAAUCCGUAUUAGGUAUUACGUUUUGUAUGUACAAUAAAGGAAUAUUUUACAGAGAAUAUUUUCAACGA